CCCGUCCGCACCAAAUUCCCCACGCGCACGUUAUUUGUUUUUGUUUGUUAAUGGCGUGUUAGAAAAGAAUUCCAGCAUAUCCGGUGUUCGAAGACAACCAAGCACGAAAAAGCAACAUGCCAGGCACAAUCCUCGAGAACUUAAGCGGUCGCAAGUUGAGUAUUUUGGUAGCUAUUUUGCUCGUCAGCCAACUGGGAUGCUUCUUCGUGGGUUUGAUAGCCCCAAAACCCGCCACUUCCCAGGCGAUUAUAGCCACGACUUGCCUCGACAAUCACACGGCGGCCAAGAAUAUGAACCACUGGGUCGGGCUGGACUGCCAGAGAAUAGAUUUGAUGAAGCGGCAAGUGGAAGCAGCCGAUGAUAUUGUGCUGGUGGUGCAGAUGCCGCUUUAUGAUUUGGACUUCUCGCGGUGGCAGCAGAAUUUGGUCGGGAUUCUCCAGUUCGAUUUGAUUUAUCACAGUGGGUUGAAUUUGGAGGAGUUCAUCGUGGAGCUCACAAUUGAUGCACGUUUAGCCUAUAGCAACAAAGCUGAACGUGGUGGACGCACACCGUGGACUUACUACGCACAUUCAGAGGAAAAGCGCUACAUGGAUUGUGAUAUCGAUGUCAAGACUGUCCGUGACCCGGAUGGAUACCCCUACAACUGCUCAAUGGUACCUCUAUUUGAGUUAGGUUCUCUCUAUCACGAUUAUUAUCUAUUAAACUUGCGUCUACCCUACGACGAAAAACUCAUGAAGAACGUUAAUUUGCAAACAGUCCAGGAUGUUUAUUUACACAUGAUACACAUGAAUGGGGGCUUUACGCGAAUUUGGGUGGCUCUUAAAACUUUCUUCUUUCCUGUUUUAAUAGGAAUAAUGAUUUGGUUUUGGCGAAGAGUACACAUGUUGUCUCGAACCCCCGCCUUGCUUGAAUACAUGCUAAUCUCCCUUGGAGGGACUCUCCUAUUCUUAGACCUCCCUCUUGAAUAUUUAACCCUUUGGUUUAACAUGCCCUACAUGCUUCUCCUCAGCGAUAUUCGCCAAGGCAUUUUCUACGCAAUGUUGCUCUCUUUCUGGCUCGUUUUCGCAGGCGAGCACAUGUUAAUCCAAGACAAUGGAGAAAAAAAUAGCAUAAAACUGUACUGGAAACACCUGAGCACGAUCGUCAUUGGUUGUCUUUCUUUACUCGUUUUCGAUUUGUGUGAGCGGGGUAUCCAACUAGUCAACCCGUUUUACUCGAUUUGGGUGACCCCCAUUGGUACCAAUCUCGCCCUGUCUUUUAUCAUCCUUGCCGGUAUUUCCGCUAGCAUGUAUUUCAUCUUUUUGUGUUACAUGAUUUGGCGCGUCUUCAAAAACAUUAGUAUUAAACGCUCAGUCUUGCCAACUAUGUCUCAAGCUCGCCGUCUUCACUAUGAAGGUAUUAUUUAUCGUUUUAAUUUUUUGAUGUUGGCGACCGUGGUGUGUGCCGCUGUUACCGUAGUCUCGUUUAUUUUGAGUCAAGUGGCUGAGGGCCAGAACAAGUGGGACGAAAAUAUGGAGAUUGAGUUGUCGUCGGCUCUACACACUGGCGUUUACGGAAUGUGGAAUGUUUAUAUUUGCGCUAUGUUGAUGUUGUAUGCUCCUAGUCAUAAGCAGUGGCCGGCUGAGCCCAUUUGUGCCGAAGGAGAAGAGGUGGAGUUCAGCAGGUUGCCUACCGACCCGAGUCCUAAUGAGAUUUCUUCUCUUACUUCUUUUGCGUCCAAGGCUAGUAUUGAGUAAGUGUGUUAGUGUAUUUGUAUGUAUAUUUUUAUUUUCGAUGUCAAGUAACAGCAUCCUCUUUGACUGAUUUUAAGCAGCGUAAGUUAUAUGACGUAUAUAGGUGUUAUAUUUAACUACCUAUUAAUGCUUAUUAGAAUCUCGUAAGUACUUAAUAUUCUCUUUAACGAAUUUGUGAUUAUGUAGAUAUUGUAUUGCACAAGCACAUAUUUGUAUAUUUAUACCUCAUCUAGACGCGGAUAUCUAUUUAAAUGUUUUUUAGAAUUUUUACUAUUUACGACUCGUCCUGUAAACGUAACAAUUAUUGUUGUAUGUUUUGUUAGUAUUACGGAGCUAUAUUGUUGUGAUUAUUUCGAUAUUCUUAACUCAGUACAGUGAUUUUUAUAUAUAGGGAACCCAAUCAGUAUUUUGUCGCAUUUCCUAAUAAACGAUAUGCAUAGUA